GAACUCUAGAAUGAGUAAGAACAUUAUUGGAUGCCUCCAGAAUCUAUCCUGUGAAUUCUGUCAACGGACUGAUGACUGUCCUGAAAAAUAUGGGGAAAAAAGAACCUAUGAGGACUAUAAUCUCACUGUUCAUUAUUACUGUGUGUUAAUGUCAAGUGGGAUUUGGCAGAGAGGUGAAGAUGAAGAAGGCUUUUAUGGUUUUUUACCUGAAGAUAUCCAAAAAGAAAUUAAUCGAGCUGCAAGACUGAAGUGUACUGUCUGUAAGAAAAAAGGUGCUUCAAUUGGUUGUAUAACAUCCAAAUGCAAACGAAGCUACCACUUUCCUUGUGGAAUAGAGAGAGGAUGCCUUUUCCAAUUCAGAGAAACUUUUCCGUCAUAUUGUUGGAAACAUCGACCCACUCAAAAACGUCUUGCUAAUUGUAAAGGAUCAUCACAAUGUACAAUAUGUUUGGAGUUGGUUGAACGAGCACCUGCAUACAACAUUUUGACAAGUCCAUGCUGUAAAAAUGCUUGGUUUCAUAGGGAAUGCUUGCAGUGUCAAGCUCUCAGUGCAGGGGUAUAUUUCUUUAGAUGUCCUGUAUGUAAUAAUAAAGAAAAAUUUCAGAACGAAAUGUUAAGAAUGGGCAUCCAUAUUCCAGAAAAAGAUGCCUCCUGGGAACUGGAAGAGAACGCCUAUCAAGAACUUCUUCAACAUUACCAACAUUGUGAUAUUAAAAGAUGUCUUUGCAAAAAUGGGAGAGACUACAAUGAACCUGAUAGCAAAUGGGAAAUAAAACGCUGUCAGUGUUGUGGUUCUAGUGGAACUCAUCUGGCAUGUUCCUCACUAACAAGCUUGGAGCAAAACUGGGAAUGCAUGGAUUGUAGGACCAUCCUUGCCAAAUCAAAUGGAAGUGUUCAGAAAUGGCGAAAGCGUUCUUUGAGUAUUCCAGAAAAAGCAAAUGGAGACAGUCUGAUGGAAGAGCCAUCGCCCAAAUGCCCUAGACAGUCUCCAGGAUCCCACCUUGGCAUACAUAUCAGGUCCCCAAAGAUGGUAUGUUCUAAUAGUUUUACUCAGUGUUCACAACUAGAUCUUCCCUCUUCUAAUAACAGAUGUUUACCCCCAUCUGCCUUCAUCAGUCCUUCAGUAAGGAAUUUGUCUCUAAGAAAAAUGCAACUUGGAAUGCAGAAAAGAGAAGUCUCCAAUAUUCUGAGGGAAUUAAGAUUACAGAUUAAUACCAAACCAACAAGACUGAAUAUCAACAGACAAAAUAUCUGGGAUAGUGCUCUAAAAGGAUUUCAGAAGCGGAACUUCAAUCCUGCUAACACUAUUGAAGUAAAGUAUGUAAGCUGCAGGAAUAAAAUAGAGAUGGGUCUCUGUUGCUCAUCAAAGGAAGAUUUUUUUCAAUUACUGAUGCUUCAUCUUCAGAAUUCAUCAUUAUUUGAAGGGGGCUACUCAAAGAAUUUGUCCUUUGAUUCUCAAGCUCUUAAAGAUAAUUUAUACUUCGAAGCAGGGAAAAUGAUUGCAGUUUCUCUGGUUCAUGGAGGCUCAUCUCCUAGCUUCUUUUCCAAAACCUUGUUUCACUGUCUCGCCUAUGGCACAGAAAAUGUGAAGCCAACAAUAGAAGAUGUUGCUGAUGUAAACAUUUUGCAGGCAAUAGAGAAGAUAAAAUCUGCCACAACACUGGGCAGCUUAGAAUCAGCAAUAAAUGAUUGCUCUGACUAUCUUGCUUCUAUUGAAUGUUUGAAAUCUGUAACAGCACUAUGUGACAAGAAUAUAUUGGUGAAUGAGAUUCUGAAUCACCAUGUCAUCAAAAGAACUAUUUUACCAUUUGAAAGCUUUAGACAAGGUUUGAAAACACUUGGUGUUUUGGAAAAAAUACAAAUGAAUCCCGAUGCAUUCUGUAGCAUAUUAUGUCACAAACCCGAGAAACUUUCAGCAAAACUUCUUGGUGAUCUCUUUACAAUUCACUGUUUAUCGGGAUCAGACAAGGCCAGAUGCCUUGAUUUCUGGAUGGGUUACUUACAGGAGACAGAAGGUGGUGAGUCAUCUGUAACUCUAGAGGAUAUCUUAGUAUUUGCAACUGGCAUCCGCAAUAUUCCACCCAUUGGCUUUGAUCCUGACCCUUCAGUUAAGUUUCUGCAUAUAAAAUAUCCCAUUGGGAAUAGAGAUUUUAACUGUUUAGAGCUUCCAAUAACAAAAUCUUAUGAGAAUUUUAAAAAAAUUCUGGAUAUUGCCAUCCGACGUGCCCUAUUACAGUCAGAAGUACGUUAG